UUGCCCCCCAAAAUAGAUAAAGCACGGAGAUUCGCAGGGGGAAGGCGUUCGCUUUUACACUCGCGUUUCCUCUGCUCCACGCCGUGCUCAGCGCUCUCCCAGCGCUCCGCAGCCGUCGGAGCACGGUGGCCCAACGCCGCCGUUUUUCCAUUUCCCCCUCUUUCUCUCGUCGAGGACGAAUUGAACCAAAUAAGCCAAGCGUUCGUUCCCCUUUGUAGAUGGGAGCCCGGGCUCCCUCAAGCCGAAGCCGUACCCGUUCGCUGGGCGCUUCCCACCAGAAAGCCGCACGGCUCCGCGGCCGGCGGGGACACCGAGCAAAGCCGCCCCGGGCCCGCAGGUGGGCUCGGAGCUGGGGGCGAAGAGCAGGAGCUUUCGGCUUGCACUACGGCAGGGCAUUGCCGCAAGGCAUUUCGGCGGGGCGUUUCGGCGGCAGCGGCUGCGCUAGGAGCGAGUCUGGUGGGAUUAAAGGAGAACAACAACAACAACAACAAAUUAGAGCUGCUGGAAGACCUCUCCGAGAGCCGCGAGUGCGUCAACUGCGGCUCCAUCCAGACCCCAUUGUGGAGGAGGGACGGCACCGGGAAUUACCUGUGCAACGCCUGCGGGCUCUACACCAAAAUGAACGGCCUCAGCCGGCCCCUCAUCAAGCCCCAGAAGAGAGUGCCCUCGUCGCGGCGACUCGGCCUGUCCUGUGCCAACUGCCACACCACCACCACCACCCUCUGGCGCCGGAACGCUGAGGGCGAGCCCGUCUGCAAUGCCUGCGGCCUCUACAUGAAGCUUCACGGGGUUCCCCGACCGCUUGCUAUGAAAAAAGAAGGAAUUCAGACAAGGAAACGAAAACCUAAGAACAUAAAUAAGUCAAAGGCAUGCUCUGGUAACAGUAGUACUGCAGUUCCUAUGACUCCAACAUCCACGUCUUCUACUAACUCAGAUGACUGUAGCAAAAAUGCCUCCCCAAGCACACAGCCAGCAGCCUCGGGGGCGAGCUCGUCAGUGAUGUCUGGCCCGGGAGAGAGCACCAGUCCCGAAAGCAGCAACCUUAAGUAUUCAGGUCAAGAUGGGCUGUACACAGGAGUCAGCCUGACCUCCACGGCCGAGGUGACGGCGUCCGUCAGACAGGAUCACUGGUGUGCCCUGGCUCUGGCGUGACCCGCUGCCAGCCAAGCUGGAUCCCGGCACAGUGCAGCAGCCCCCAGACGUCCGUGUGGGGUUUCUUCUACGGAGCGGUGGCAGCGAGAGUGCUGGCUAGGGACGCUCCUCUGAAAUUGUUUCCGUGCCUUGGUGGCAGAGGUGGCUUUCAGUUCCCCUAAGAGGCUCUGCCGAAGCAUCCUCAUCCUCAUCUAUGCAAGAAAACUGUAGGGAAAGCAAGUGCCCACUGGGGAAUAGCUAAUGCAGCCAUACACACUCAAAAAAAAAAAAAAGUAAAAAUAUAAAAAGGAAAAUGGAGAAAAAAAAAAAGAGGAGAAACCUAGACCUAUUGAUUGAUUCCAGAAACACAUCUUCACUCACCCAGCAGUGCUGCCUUUCUGAUUGUAUAUUUGUUUUCACUCUCUCAUCACUUUCUUUUUCCAAGAAUUUGAUGGACGCCAUCAGUGCUGAGGAGGCUUGAAUUAGUAGAGAUAACUAGAUACUUUCUGAAGUGCUGGUAGCGUGUACUGCUGGAGUCAGCGUGGGCGCCCAGAGCUGGACAUUUGACCUCUUCACCCGUCCUAUACCCGCCUUGCUCUGCUCCCUUGUACCAGAGCCCAGCGAUGCCCAGGGGAGAAAAUCACAGCCUUUGGUACAAACCUCAUGGGGUCGAGCUGGUGAAGGACGUUUUGUUGUUGUUUAAGAUAUUUACUCACCUUGCAAGACUGCGCUAUAACUUUUGAAGUACACUGUGACUGAGGUUUAUGAAAGUUCAUAUUUUGUGGCUGAACUGUAUAGAGUCAGUCGAAAUUUGUAAACAGGGUAGCAAUCAGAUAUUUUUUCUUCCAUAUAUACAAUAAUUUUUUUAAAAGAAGUGCAAUUUGCGUUGCAGCAAUCAGUGUUAAAUCAUUUGCAUAAGAUUUAACAACGGUUUUUAUACGAAUGAAUGAAUGUAAACAUUUUAACUUAAUGGUACGUAAAUAAUUUAAAAGAAAAACUUAACUAGGCAUCCUUAGGCUUUUUAAUGCAACAAAACCCAUCCACUUUCUGUAUUUCCAGUUGCUAAAGCAGGAGUUUCAAAGAACAAGCCUUCUCUCAGGAAAAUUGCCCUAGCUGUUUGCUCCUAAGUUUUGUACAAAAAAGCAAAUGCAUCCCCAGGUUGGUUAUUUUUUUGCCAUUUGAAGAAGUCUGUACUGGAAAUUGCAAUGAAACUUUACUACCUAACCGAUACAUAUGUAAAUACUCCAUAAGAUAUUUAGGCAUCUUUGAAGUUUAGGAUGUGAUCUGUAUAGUGUGACUGACACAUCGUUAGGUUGGUUUCCAUUGUUUUUUAAAUGGGAUGGCAUUUGGAAAGUUGUUUCAUCAGAGCUCUACAAAUAAAAGGGUAUCAUUUUUUUCUGUA